AGCUGUUCAUGAAUUUCACGAACUCACUGGUAAUGAAGAAGUCGUUCUUUGGAAAUUAGAGUGUUGUAACCCAAACCACAAUGAUUUUUGGUCUAUCAUGGAUGCAAUAUUUGCUUGGAGAAAUGAGGCUACUGUCGAUACAACAGUUAGCUAUUUCGUUUAUUGGAUCGUAGUAAUUAUUGCGUCUGUGAUCAUCGUGAUCCGCGGAAAGAAAGCCGAUAAAGAGAACAUUGACACCAUAGAGCACAGUGAUUCUAGCAAAAAAGACGAAAAAGAUGCAGCAGAAAACAAUGUCGUUUAA